AUUUGACAGGACAGCGGGUCGAGGUGAUUGGCGUCAGGAUGGUUGAGUGUCACCAUCCAUGUUUAUUGCAAGAGAUAUCUCCUUGAAAGGCGUUGCGAGGGGCGGUUGGUCGAUAAUACGGCAGCCACAAUCUCCCCACGUUGCUCGCCGAGGGCAAUCGACUAUCGCCGCCCAUGGGGAACAGCAACAUGGCUCUUGUCAAGAUCAGGCCGGGCCAGUCCCCCAAUUUUACCAGCCGGGCGAUUCCCAAAACGAAUCGGUGGUCCAAUCGGAUCCCAAACGGCUAGGCCAUGGCAAACGAGCGCGACGGCAACGAGAAGGAUACCUCACAGUAUCGCCCGCCCUUAUACUUGCAAUGCAUCUAGGCGACGAGAAGUCUCGUAAUAUCGCAAAAAAGGCGAAGGAUUUUGAAGCUAUAGCCCUCAGCCGGAGUCUUCGACUUCCAGUCUUGACUACCCAGAUGUUGAUGAUGCAGGAGGAGGCCCGAAAUCCGACGAGCCUUUCGGAGGCCCUGUUGACCAACAACUGGGACACACGCGUGAAACACCUGGAGUACAAAGGUAUUACGAAGGAACAGAUAGUCCAUUGGGCAUGGAUUCUGUCAGGAGAGACUUCAGACUCUAGGCUCGAGAGAUUUCUGUCAACGGACCAGCACAAACCCAUCUUCCUUCUCCUCGCUCUGCUGCGACCAGAAGAAACAUUCAAGCGGCGCGGCGACUUUGUGGCACUUCUAGAGUACAUUUCAAAGUUCUACUGCACUCCCCGCGAGGGACCUCCAAACACGCAACCGCGGGCGAUAGGAAUGGCGACGGACCCUCGACUUAACAUGACAACGCACCGAUUCCUAAUGGUAUUGAAACGGCUUGUGCAACACAGCUUGAGGUUGUGGCCGGACCUUCUAGAACCGAUAGCCCGCCUCGUCACAGCUUACAUCAUGACCAUCCCGACUGAUAACCGAUUUACAACAAGUUGGAGGAAACGGCCUGCUACUCCCCAAGUUGGAUAUGGUGCGCGUUGUGAGGUCUUCAACGCCGCGAUACACCUUCUUGCUAUGACCGCGCCUUUGAAUCCAUUGGCAAAUGCGAAGUACAAUUGGGAGGCGCAGAAGCUUAUGUUGGCAUUUUCAACUGGCCUGGAGCGCCAGCUCGUACUCGUCCAGUCGAGUUACUGGGCAAUUCGGUCAAUCAUCAUGGGCCUCGAGAAGUCACAGGCCGAGGAAAAGGUUGCCGUGCGAUCAAAGAAGACAUGGCCGCCUUACAGGGAAGAGUGGGAUGGGUUGGACGAGCGGAGACGACCGGAAGACGACCUUAGCAGAAGCGUCAAAGCCGGCAUUCUCGCCCGCGAGGCAGGUUACCCCGAGACGGAUUAUGAUCGGGCCCUGGAUGCGUUGGGCGGUGCUAUUCUCGGAGAAUCCCCGACGGUACAGACCAGAUCCAUGAAGCCGAGGCUGUGGAAGGGCAAGCUUGCCGGUUUCAAUAUUUAUACGGCGUGGGCUGCUCGGGUGAAGGCCACGAGGAAUGCCCAUGAGGCCUGGAGGAUCUUCGAGGUCCCGCCGGAGGAAGGGCUCAAGCCGAAUUUUCAAGUCUAUGAGGAGAUGUUCGAGAAGCUUCUGUCUCGUCCGGUGGCCGAUCCUUCGUCAGCAGUGCCUGGUAAUGCGAAAGAGGUAUUCCCACCCUACGAGGCCAACCUCACUGCCGUCGAGAAAGCGAGGCUGCAGCCCCCCAGUGUGGCGGAGCUAUAUGACCGAAUGCUGCAAUCGGGAGAUCGACCGGACGGCAGGGUCCUUGCGCUACUUGUUGCAAACUCCCAUUCAGAGGACAUGGCGAUGCAGUACCUGCAGGACAGUCCCCAUGGAUCCGUCGCCUCGGUCUUGCGCGAAUCAACAUUGGACGCCGCAUCGUCCGAGGCACUUCUGGAAAUGCCCCUCGGCACCUUCAAUGCCUAUAUCUCGUUACUGUGCAAGUUGCACUCGUCACAAUAUUUGUCAGCCGCCUCGCAGAGUUUUGUAAAUCCCGAUUCCCACAUUCACCGAGCGAUAAUGCUUACAUCUACCCGCCUGGCGCCGAAUUCCCAGGAGGGGAGAACAUAUAAGCCGCCGUGGCACAACAUUAUGCGCACUCUAGCCACGACCAGGACUCUCUUUAUCAGUCGUGAGCUCGAAAACAACCAUUUGGAGACACUAUCGACGGUCUUGGAGCUCUACGAGAAAGCAAAAGACCAAACGGGAAUGGAUGCCGUGCUCUUCGAACAACUCACUUUCGCAGUGUCGAGGACAAUGUUUGCGAUAUUCACCGACAAAAAGUAUCCGGAUUUCGAGAGGCGUCCCGACAGGACAUAUCGAGUGUCCUCGGUGGGAUCGAAAUGGACUCCCGACACUGCAGCUGCCUUCCCUCUAUAUGCGAAGGAACUCCUCCAAGAAGCCCAUUCGAUACUCGUCGCGGGUUUUAACGAGCUUGUCUCCCCUGACCAAGGGGGGAGUCCCGGGGAUCCAGAUACGACAACACCCGGACCACCCAGGGUGGUGCAGAUUUAUAGGUAUAUGCGAGUCUUGGGCCUCUACGACGAUAUUCCGGAGAUGGCCAGGGUGCUGAGGUGGAUAGUCCGCGCUUGCUACGAUGGGCGGUUUCGGGGAAGCGCCACAACACUCGGCACUAGGGAUCACGCCCACAUGAUGGACAUGCUCGCUUGCUUCCGAGCGCUUGCGGAAGGCCGUCUCAGUAAGAAAGAGCUGCGAGGGUUUGAAGAGAGCAUACUGGAGUUGUCCGAGGAGAAGGACAUUCCGUGGCUGUGGCCGCAGGCAGUGGGUGAUAGAGAGGAUAUAUCCCAGGUGGAAAACGUCGCAGAACGGUGGUCUCUGGUUUUGCACCCUGCAUGGAGUUCAUAGACAAAUCCGUUGUAAUAUAUGAGAUAGAGGUACAAGUACUGUAGAUAAUAGACAUGUGCUCAAAGGCUGGGCUUGUAAUUCACACUUGCUGACAGCUCGACACAACC